UUAAUCCAGGGAGCAAAAUACCAAGAUGGCCUUGACGUACGACACCUACUUGAAACACCAGUGCAAAACGAAGAUAGCCGGACGCGGUCCGGCCAGCCAUUCAUGUCCCGCGGCGUGAAAAAUGCCAUAAAGUGCGUUGUCAUCGAUGUGUUAAUAUUGUCUGGUUUGUACGUCGGAAAGCAGAUUCUCAGGCGUACUGUUUGGGAGAAAAGUAUGCGCUUAGCUCGCCUCACGGACAGCGUAUCUUCGAACCCCAUUUAUCGAAGCUUUCAUCUCAUUGAUGCUGCUUUAUGCGUCGUCACGCUCAUCGCUCAGCCAGUGGUUCAUUACAAGUUCCUUCUACCGUCAGCACUUCAUUUCAAUCUGAAGAUCCUUCUCGUUCUUCAUUUUCUCGUCAGCAUGACAUACAGUCUCACAGUUCUUACUUCCAUAUGCGUCAUUCCUGGCUUGAUGGUUUUUUACGUCUAUAAGGGAGUUUCAUUCAAUGAAGCGUAUAUGGACACCAUGUCUAUCCAGUCUACAACUGCAGAUAGGAUAGCGAUUGACAACAGGACCGCUGACGACUCGAUACCAAUUGUCAGAGAAUAUCUCAGGGAGCAAUCUUACUUCAAGCCUUCUAGUAUUCCAGGUGCUAACUUCAGUCGUACAGUCAUCGUUGACCUUGAUACUUCCCGAGCUCAUCUCAAGAUUCUCCGACAACGGAAGUUAAUACUAAAAUAA